CUUCAGUCUGGAGUCGGACACUGAGAGGAAGGACAGCGGCAGCUUUGGAAAAGGGAAAAUUAAAUAAACAUCGAGGGAAUCUGUCACCGCCAACCGGGACAUUGUCGCUGCUUUUACAGGACUUACACAUACUAGCUGCGGGGUGCAAUGGAGGAUGGGAAGCCUGUGUGGGCGCCCCACCCAACCGAUGGGUUCCAGCUGGGCAUAAUAGUGGACAUUGGUGCAGACACACUCACCAUAGAACCUCUCAGUCAGCGAGGAAAGACCUUCCUGACUCCCAUCAACCAAGUCUUCCCUGCUGAGGACGAUGUGAACAAACACAUGGAAGACAACUGUUCUCUUAUGUAUUUGAACGAGGCCACACUUCUGAACAACAUUCGUAUCCGUUACAGCAAAGAUUUGAUCUAUACAUUUGUGGCCAACAUCCUGAUUGCCGUGAACCCGUAUUUCGACAUCCCUAAACUCUAUACUCCAGAGUCCAUCAAGAACUAUCACGGAUGCUCUUUGGGGACACUGCCUCCUCAUGUCUUCGCUAUCGCGGAUAAAGCCUACAGAGACAUGAAGGUUCUGAAGAUGAGUCAGUCCAUCAUUGUGUCUGGAGAAUCUGGUGCUGGAAAAACAGAAAACACAAAGUUUGUUCUCAGGUAUUUAACCACAUCUUAUGGCACAGGUCAGGAUAUUGAUGAGAGGAUUGUUGAAGCCAACCCCUUACUUGAGGCUUUUGGAAAUGCAAAAACGGUCAGGAACAACAACAGCAGCCGUUUUGGAAAAUUUGUAGAAAUUCACUUUAAUGAGAAGAAUACAGUUGUGGGCGGAUUUGUCUCACACUACCUGUUGGAGAAGUCUCGGAUUUGCAUGCAGAGCCAGGAAGAGCGAAACUAUCAUAUAUUUUACAGACUCUGUGCAGGGGCAUCAGAGGACAUCAGGAAUAUGCUUCAUCUCAACUCUCCGGACAAUUUCCGGUAUUUGAAUGGCGGCUGCACACGAUACUUUGCAAACAAGGACUCGGAUAAACAGAUCAUGCAAAACAGGAAAAGUGCUGAGCAUGGGAAAGUGGGGGCUCUGAAAGACCCUUUGCUGGAUGACCUGGGAGACUUCAACAGGAUGGUGGUGGCCAUGAAGAAAAUCGGCCUGGAUGACACAGAGAAGCUCAAUCUCUUCAGAGUGGUGGCUGGAGUCCUUCAUCUCGGCAAUAUCGAUUUUGAGGAGACAGGAAGCACCUCUGGUGGCUGCAUUCUGAAGAAACAGUCCAGUCAGACUCUGGAAUACUGUGCUGAGCUGUUGGGCCUGGACCAGGAUGACUUGAGAGUCAGCCUCACCACCAGGGUCAUGCUCACCACUGCAGGGGGCGCCAAAGGCACAGUCAUAAAGGUGCCUCUGAAGGUGGAACAGGCCAACAAUGCCCGCGAUGCCCUCGCCAAAACAGUUUACAGCCGGCUCUUUGAUCAUGUGGUCAAACGGGUUAACCAGUGCUUUCCCUUUGAUACAUCCUCCAACUUCAUCGGCGUGUUGGACAUCGCUGGCUUUGAGUAUUUCGAGCACAACAGCUUCGAGCAAUUCUGCAUCAACUAUUGUAAUGAAAAACUACAGCAGUUUUUUAAUGAACGCAUACUGAAGGAGGAGCAAGAGCUGUAUCAGAAGGAAGGCCUGGGAGUGAAUGAAGUUCAUUAUGUGGAUAAUCAGGACUGCAUAGAUCUGGUUGAGGCAAAGUUGGUGGGUAUCUUGGAUAUUCUGGAUGAGGAGAACCGUCUUCCCCAGCCCAGUGAUCAGCACUUUGCAGAGGCGGUUCACAGCAAGCACAAAGAUCAUUUCCGUCUCAGUGUGCCCAGGAAAUCCAAGCUUACAAUCCAUAGAAAUUUGAGAGAUGACGAAGGUUUCAUCAUAAGACAUUUUGCUGGUGCUGUGUGCUAUGAGACUACCCAGUUUGUGGAGAAGAAUAAUGAUGCCCUCCACAUGUCCUUGGAGAGCCUGGUGUGUGAGUCGAAGGACAAGUUUAUCCGGGAUCUCUUUGAGAACAACUCCAAUUUCAAGGACUCCAAGCAGAAGGCUGGCAAACUCAGCUUUAUCAGUGUGGGAAACAAAUUCAAGACCCAGCUGAACCUUCUACUUGAAAAACUUCGCAGUACGGGCUCUAGUUUCAUCCGCUGUGUAAAGCCCAAUCUAAAGAUGGUCAGCCACCAGUUUGAAGGAGCCCAGAUUCUGUCUCAGCUGCAGUGCUCUGGCAUGGUAUCAGUGCUGGACCUGAUGCAGGGCGGCUUCCCUUCCCGAGCUCCAUUCCACGAGCUCUACAACAUGUACAAGCAAUACAUGCCCAGCAAACUCACAAGACUUGAUCCUCGACUCUUCUGCAAAGCUCUGUUUAAAGCACUGGGCCUAAACGAGAACGAUUACAAGUUUGGAUUGACCCGGGUUUUCUUCCGCCCUGGAAAGUUUGCAGAGUUUGACCAGAUCAUGAAGUCUGAUCCGGAGCACCUGGCUGAGCUUGUAAAACGGGUCAAUAAGUGGCUGGUGUGUAGCCGCUGGAAGAAGAUCCAGUGGUGCUCGCUGUCAGUCAUUAAAUUGAGAAACAAAAUGAAGUACAGGGCUAGAGCCUGCAUCAAAAUUCAAAAGACAGUUCGCAUGUGGCUGUGCAAAAGACGACACAAGCCUCGCAUUGAUGGCCUGGUGAAGGUGAAAAAUUUGAGGAAUAGGAUGGAGAAGUUCAACGAGGCUGUGAAUGGACUCAAGGAGGGCAAACAGGAAAUGAGCAAACAGGUCGAGGAUCUGGCCACCUCCACCGACGGCCUCAUGUCCAAGAUCAAGUCCACGGUGAUGAGCCGCAAGGAGAUCGAUCAGGAAUACGAGGGCCUGGUGAAACGCUCAGAGCAGCUCCUCUCCUCCAUGCAGAAGAAGAAACAGGAGCAGGAGGAGACGGAGAGACUCAAGCACAUCCAGGAGGACAUGGAGAAGGAGAGGAAGAGACACGAGGAAGAAGAGCAGUUGCGCAAACAGGAGGAAGAGGACCGCCGCAUGAAAGCUGAGAUGGAGCAGAAGAGGAAACAAGAGGAGGAGGAGAGAAAGAAAAGAGAAGAGGAAGAGCGAGUCAUGCAGACGGAACUGGAGAUGCAGCUGGCAUUGGAGCGAGAGGAAGAGACUCAGAGGCAGGCCGUGUUGGAACAGGAGAGGAGGGACAGAGAGUUGGCCAUGAGAAUCGCUCAGAGCGAGGCAGAACUCAUCCAGGAUGAAGCCCAAAUGGACCCCAGCCUGCGCAGGGGUGUGCAGGUGCAGGCCAACAAGGUGGUAUCUGAGGUGAAGAAAUAUGACCUAAGCAAGUGGAAGUACGCCGAGCUGCGAGACGCCAUCAACACCUCCUGUGAUAUAGAGCUGCUGGCAGCAUGCCGCGAGGAAUUUCAUCGUCGUCUGAAGGUUUACCACGCCUGGAAAUCAAAGAACAAGAAACGAAACACAGAUACAGAGAUGAGAGCCCCGAAAUCGGUCACUGACUACGCUCAGCAGAACCCUGCUCCACCCAUCCCAGCUCGGCAGGAAGAGAUCACAAUGAACCGACAACAACGUUACUUCCGCAUUCCCUUCAUCCGCCCUGCUGACCAGUACAAAGACCCUCAGAACAAGAAGAAGGGCUGGUGGUAUGCUCAUUUUGAUGGACCCUGGAUUGCCCGGCAGAUGGAGCUUCAUCCAGACAAGCAGCCAAUCCUCUUGGUAGCAGGUAAGGAUGACAUGGAGAUGUGUGAGCUAAGUCUAGAGGAGACCGGGCUUACACGAAAGCGUGGAGCAGAGAUUCUGCCACGGCAGUUUGAAGAGAUCUGGGAGCGCUGUGGAGGAAUCCAAUACCUGAGAAAUGCCAUCGAAAGCAAGCAAGCUCGACCCACCUAUGCGACUGCCAUGCUCCAGAAUCUCCUCAAAUAAAGAUAAUCCAUUUCUCCUUAUAGGUUCACAAUGUCUAUGCACAUCUAGAAUAAAUAGUAAAGAUAGUGAAGAUAGUAGAUAGUAAAGCUGUGUAGCUAAAACAAAGGGCUUUUCUUCAUGGUGGGCUUUCAGAUGUUUUUCACCAGAGGCUUUUUAAACUUAUUAGUAAAGCGAACUCUAGUGAAAGUGAUUGCUGUCCGAUUUACUGUUUGUUUGUAGUUUGUUAUUAAUUUUGCUGUGAACUUAGAAACAGUUUUCAUACAAAUCUGAGCCUUGCUUGAACCUGUUGCUCAGCGAUGCCUUAAGAUUCUCAGACCAGAUUUAUAUCUCAUUUAAUAGGAAUGUUAUUAGAAAAUCACACCUGCUUAAACCUAAUAUGAAAUUGAAAAAAAAAUGCUUAUACUGUAAAUACCAAUACCAAGUAAUAAUCUUUAUGAAAGACCUAGUUACAAAUCUUUGCGAUAGACAAUUCAAUAAAACUUCACUAAAACAAUUCAUGGCACAUGCUUUGUCCUUAUUCAGUCUCAUUAUUGUUAAACUUAAAUCUCAUUAUAGGACUUGCACUUAAAUGGCCAUUUAAUAUAGUCAAAGUAACUAUAAUCUAUUCAGAUCAUGAUGGUAAAGGCUAAAGAGUAACAUGCACUGGAAUACAUUACGUUUUGUCCUUUGUAAAUGAGGUAAUAGAUCUUGCUGUACAAGAUAUCUGCAGUGUCACUUCCUAAAAUUGCACCAUUCAUAAUUGCCUUUACAUAUACUUGAUUAUUUAUUAAUUUUGUAAAUGCAUUUCAAAGCAGCUUAAGUUCAUAAAGAAUUAGUCACUGCUGUCAUGCAUGGUUUUUCUUAGCGAUUUUGUACUUAAAUCAUAUGGUAAUAUGCUAAAGGACAGAUUCAUUUCUAUUUAGUGAAGUGAUAAUGGCACCAUUGUUAAUGAUUUGCUGUGAAUUCUGUGGUGUGUGUGGUAGAUUUCAGUUGACCUCUUAUUUUUACAUUUAUUUAUAUACCAACUCAAGGAAAUGUUUAGAUUAAAUUAGCUUGUAAUCUUAUGUGUCUUGUUAUGCUGUUUGCUGGCUUUGUUUUAGCUCAUUUUGAUUAAAAAUAAUGGAAAUGGCAAUAACAUUCCAAACACAUUCGUUUGAAAAAAGUGGCGUAGACAGAAUUGCUGCAUUUGAAUUUGCAAUCAUUAUUCAGACUUAUUUAUAUAUAUGCUGAUAGUUUUCUCCAUUUACAUGCUUUGAGCCCUUUCUAAAUGAACUAAAGUCAUUUCAAACUGUCAAUUCAUGAAUAUUGUAAUUGUUAAUUAUUUGUUUCUUGUCUGUCAAUUUAUCUUUUUUGUGUUUGGGUUAAAUACACUCUGAUUUUCUCAUUUUUGACUGGCAACUCUUGCUCCAAUCACUGUGCUAGAUCAGAAUAAACACAUUCCA